AUGUUUGCCUCCACUGCAAUGCACCACAACAUUCCAUCAUGCCCUCCUCUAGAACAAAGAUCCUAUUCGGAAAGCAGUGAUGACUCCAUGCAAUCGGCUUUCGGAUAUUUCGAUAACACCAUGUACACCAUGGCGGCGACCGAUCUGCCCAUGACCCAACCCUCUUUCGAACCAUCCUCCUACGAAUCCACCUCCUUCACCUCAUCCGUCAAUUCCUCCCCUUUCAACGCCUACUACAACUUCACUCCGUCUCUUAUGUACUCGCCGGAAGCAUACACUUUUCUUCAAACACAAACACCUCCAGUGCCUGUAUCGGGCGGGGAAUGGAUUGCGCCGCAAUCCACCACUCCCAGCACCGAGGUCGUAUACUCUCCGGAAGAGACUUGCGACGCAUUAGACAACUCUAGGUAUGGUUUCCGCCAUAACAGAAAAAUUUCCGACCGUAAUCUAAUCGACCUGUCUAGACCCGUCAAACCCUUCUCGUGCCGCGACUGCGGCAAGGCGUUCACACGUCCCGCCGACCUGAAACGGCAUCACACCAGUGUCCACAACCCCGUGUUUCAGGACUGCCCGGUACAAGAAUGCCUGCGCAAGGAUGGCAAUGGGUUUCCGCGUCGCGACCAUCUGAUUGAACAUCUGCGCUCGUUUCACCACUGGGACGUCCCUAAGCGUCGGACGACCAAGCGAUCGCGAACUGAUUAG